AUGGCACACCCGAGUUAUGAGAAAAAUUUCUUUGAAGAGCCUUUAGAUGAAGAAGAUGUGAUUCUUACAUUGGUUCCAGUUAAUGAGGAAAUUGUUGAAGACCAUCAAAUGGAACCAGGUGUUUCUUCAACUUCAGAAGUCAAAGCGGAGCCCCUAAGUCCAAAUGAUCACGUUCAUACUCCUCAAACAAAUGAACAAUUCAAAGCUUGCCGAAAAUCCAGUUGUAGUAAACCAAUUUAUCCCUUGCCGACCAUGUUGCCUCCAGUUAACAAUGUGAGCCGGAACACUUUGCGGAAAUGGUGCCAGCAACUUAAUUUGAGUACCGAUGGUCAGAAAAUAGAUGUUUAUCUAAGACUCCAGAAACAUGCUUAUCCUGAAAAAGAUCAGUAUAUUCCUGAAUCAUCACAGGAGGCCAGAUUGCAGUCAUGUUCAAGGAAACGCAAGGGAGCAAGCGUUCGGAAAAGGAAGAUGAGUGAGAGCAAGGAAAAGACUAACAUGGUUGAAGUGAUAACUUCAGCUCACGAAGCCAUUUUGGCAGCAUGGUCAAGAACUGCUGCAAGAGCUGUUCAACCUAAGGCUGUGAAUUCACUGCCCCUUCCUACCUCUGUUGGGUCCUUUCUGCCCCAAGCCUCUGGUGUGCGGUGGUGUGUGGUCCAUGGCAGACCACUCUUGCCAGACACAGAAGGCUGGGUUCGCCUGCACUUCCAUGCAGGUCAGACCUGGGUGCCUGACACCCCCAGGAGGAUGAUCUCUCUCUUCAUGUUACCUGCCUGCACUUUCCCAUCCCCAGACCUAGAAGGUAACAUGUUAUGCCCUGAAUGGGCUAAGAGGAACAAGAAAAUUAUGAAACAAUUACUUGCAGUGGGGAAGAGGAAGAAACCUGGUUCGGACACACCAGCCUCAUUGCUUUUAGAUGGGCCAUGUCUUAAUACAAAAUAA